GUGAAGGCAGCAUUAAUUGCGGUAACCUGUCUCCACAGAGGCGUCUCACCUCAUUCCGGAGAGACGCCGCCGCUCGGCUGGCUCGGCUGCUUCCUCUGAGUUUCCAGUGAAGAAUAUCGGAGUGUUUUUUUUGAGGCAUCAUUCUGAGACAAGAGUUUCACUCCAGCUUCAGUUAUUUCUCUGCUUGAAGACCUCUUAGUCUUAAAGAUGAGCAGUUUAAUGGCGUGUAAGGAGCCGUUUGUUGUUCCAGACAGAGGCAUUUCUGAACCUGUUGAGGACACGGACACCACCAGCUUUGUGGCAGAGUUUUCCUUGGAGGCCAAUUAUCCUGUCCAAGUCACAGAUCCCCACGAUGCUGUGACACUACAUCUUAGCUCCAUGGCCUCUGGGUACCUGCACCCCUCCUCUCAAGACAAGAUCAGACAGCCAGUUGAAGAUGUGGAGGACUGCACUUGCCCAACAUCUACUUCACCAGACUGUCCCAAACAACUGCAGAUUCUCGCCAGCCCUUGUGAAAAAUGCUGCUGCCCGGCGCCCCCACCCAAGAUCAGCGACCUCAUGAACGACAAAGACCUACUGGACUCGCUGCGGCUGAAGCUGGACCCAAACCACUGCACCAUCAAAAACUGGAAGAACUUUGCGAGCCGCUGGGGAAUGAGCUAUGACGAACUCACCCUGCUGGAGCAUCGGACCCAGGGCUCCUUGUCUCACAGCCCCACCCAGGAGUUCCUGUUGCGCUACAACCAGAAGACGGUCACCGAGCUCACCGAACUGUGCCGCAUCUAUCAGCGCAUCGACGUGCUGCGGCUGCUGCAAAGCUGGAUAGAAAAGGACUGGCCGUCACGUUGGCAGCAGACUCACUAAUAAGUUGAAGAAUAUAUAUUUAUCUGUUUGUUUCCUCUCCCAGGGUGUACAUGUUUUGGAUUUCUUCUCUUUUAUAUUUUUUGGAUCCAAGCUACAGGUGUGUUUUGCUUUUGUUUUUUUUGUUUAGGCAAAUACUUAGAAAACGAACCUUUGAAAAGAAAACAGGUAAUGAACAGAAAAAGGAAGAAGAGUGUCAGUCUUCUGGUCAGUAACGCUGAUUACAAUAAAUACGUGACUGAAACGUGGAACACAGAUGUAUAGGUAACAGAAUGAUUCAUAUCCUUCAGCUCUCCACCUGUGAUGUCAGUGCUUUUGUAGAGCUGUCUGACGGUUCACAUCUCUUCCAAUAUAAAGUCAGAACAAACACAUGAUGCAUCUCCUCAAAAGUGCUGUUGUGUAGUUGAAGACAACAAUAAAUGAGAUGUUGUGUUCACUUGAUUUGUAUCACAGCACUUGCUUUAACCAUAACGCAGCCAAUUCACUUAAUUUCAAAAAUACUGUUUGUGUCCCAAAGAGAAACUAAAUGUUGCCGUUAC